CCCAUCUCAAAUCUCCAUCACUCAAAUUUACCCUCUCUUCUCUCUGCAUCUUCAAACUCUCUUUAUCUCUUCGUAGCUAGCUUCAAGGUUCACCAUGUCUGGGCGUGGAAAAGGAGGUAAAGGAUUGGGCAAGGGAGGAGCCAAACGGCACCGUAAGGUCCUCCGCGACAACAUCCAGGGAAUCACGAAGCCAGCGAUUCGGCGUUUGGCUCGCAGGGGUGGCGUGAAGCGUAUCAGUGGCUUGAUCUAUGAGGAGACUCGUGGUGUUCUCAAGAUCUUUCUUGAGAAUGUGAUUCGUGAUGCUGUUACCUACACUGAGCAUGCUAGGAGGAAGACUGUUACUGCCAUGGAUGUGGUGUAUGCUCUCAAGAGACAGGGAAGGACACUCUAUGGAUUUGGGGGUUAGGGUUUCCCUGUUUUCUAUUAAUCUGGUCAGUUGAUGUGUUUGGUUUAAUUUGUGGGUGAGUAAAAGUCUUGCUGUCAAGAAACAAAACAUGGCAAGAAUUGGGGGUGAUGAGUUUGAUAGAUUGUUGGUAGUGUUUUUAGGAUAGAGAAAGAGAUUAGCUGCAAUUUUAUGUAUUGGAUUAUAUGAAGCACUUUCCUUUUUGAUCUGCAAUGUAACUACUUGUUAAUAGAGUGUUAAGCUACAAAUCCCAGUCAAAUGAGGCUAAAUGUGACUAGAUUUGAGUUGAAA